AUGUAUAUGGUUUCGGUCACAGGAGAUUCUGGCGGGUCGGACGAUGCAGUGGAAGCGAUAGACACCAUCCGCGGCUUGGUCGCCAUUGUCGCAGCACGGGGAUUCGUCAAAAUUAUGGCUAUUUUGGCCUCGACCUUUGGCCAGCAAGGACACGGGCAGAUUGACAUUCCCGAGGUCAUGCUCGUCGGCGGUGUCAAGAACCAGGCCGUGACUAAGCACUUAAGGGGAGCCUACGUGGUCGUCAGAGACGACUUGCCCAUUAACAAAUGUACCAAUCCCAACAACGCUUGGGACGCAGACAAGAGCCGCUGUCUUGAAAUCCUCGCUUGGUAUCCCAAGAAGGUGUUCCAGACCCUCGGCGGCAAUAAGAAUAUGAAGGCCCUUUGGACUACUUGGAAAAUGGACAAGCUCCAGACCCUCCGCAACGCCAUUGACUGCUGGAAGUACAACGACGGGUACAUUGGCAAGACAGACAUUCGCGAGGGCGACUGA